GAGAUAUGUGGUUGCACUCUAUCUAUAUCUAGCAAUGAAGAUAGAGAGAGCAGAGAGAUGCGGAGAGGUCACAAGAGACUAUAUAUAUGGGUACAUAUACAUUGUCUUCAGAACACCAGAACUUCUUGAGAGCUGAGAUAGCACACCGAGAGGAAGAUGGAGGACAGUAGACGGUCUAUGCUGGAAAAGGAACCCAUGGAGAAGAAAGAGAAAGCAAAUGCCAACAGUAAACCUGAGGUCAAGUACAGAGGAAUUAAAGCCAUGCCCUUUGUCAUAGGGAAUGAGACCUUUGAGAAGCUGGGAACUAUUGGCACCUCGUCCAACCUCUUGAUCUAUCUCACGACCAUCUUCAACAUGAAGAGCAUCAAAGCCACAAUUCUUGUGAACACAUUCAAUGGAACCUGCACCUUGAGUCCCCUGCUGGGUGCUUUCCUCUGCGACACUUACUAUGGUCGUUAUAAGACACUCGGAUUCGCUUCAGUCGCCUCCUUUUUGGGAAUGCUUGCAAUAACACUCACGGCAGCCAUCCCGAAGUUGCAUCCUCCUCACUGCCAGCAAAAAGAGAGUGGGACGUGCGUAGGCCCAACACCAUGGCAAAUGGCUUUUCUGCUAAGCGGAUUUGGAUUGCUGGUGAUUGGUGCCGGUGGCAUCCGACCGUGUAAUUUGGCCUUCGGGGCUGACCAAUUCAAUCCCAAAACUGAAUCUGGAAAGAGAGGAAUCAGCAGCUUCUUUAAUUGGUACUACUUCACCUAUACUUUUUCAAUGAUGAUUUCUUUGACAGUCAUCGUAUACGUGCAAUCCAAUGUGAGCUGGGCUAUAGGGCUAGCAAUCCCUGCAUUCCUAAUGUUCUUAUCAUGCGCAUUCUUCUUCGCGGGCACAAAAAUAUUUGUGAAAGUGAAACCAGAGGGUAGUCCCUUGACCAAUGUGGCGCAGGUCAUGGUGGCCGCAGUCAAGAAGAGGCACUUAAAGUUACCUGAGCAACCAUGGGUGCCCCUUUUUAACCAUAUUCCCAGUGGCUCUAUCAACUCCAAGCUUGCUCACACGGAUCAAUUUAGAUUUCUUGACAAAGGUGCAAUUAAAAUCCCCACUGACAAACUCAAUCCAGAAGGAUCAGCAGUAAAUCCAUGGAGACUUUGCAGCAUGCAGCGAGUGGAGGAGGUAAAAUGUUUGAUACGUGUGAUUCCCAUAUGGUUCGCUGGCAUUAUAUACUUCAUCGCAAUUGUUCAACAGCAAACCUAUGUAGUCUUCCAAGCCCUGCAGUCUGACAGACGUGUUGGCAAUAGCAAUUUCAAAAUCCCAGCAGCAUCAUAUAUUGCAUUUGCCAUGCUCAGCCUCACUAUCUGGAUACCUAUUUAUGACCAGAUCAUAGUCCCAUUUAUCCGAAAGUUCACCGGAGAAGAAGGUGGAAUCACCAUCCUCCAAAAGAUGGGCAUUGGAAUGGCUCUCUCUGUCGCCACAAUGCUCGUCUCCGCUUUGAUCGAGCAGCAUAGAAGAACCUUGGCACUUACCAAGCCAACAAUGGGCAUAGAAGAAAGAAGGGGUGCCAUUUCUUCCAUGUCAGCUUUAUGGCUAUUACCUCAACUGGCCUUAGGAGGGCUCUCUGAAGCAUUUGCCAUUGUGGGUCAAACCGAAUUCUACUACAAGCAGUUCCCAGAAAACAUGAGGAGCAUUGGUGCUGCUUUCUUGCUGGCAGGCACCUCAGGGUCUAGUUAUCUGAGUGGUUUCCUGGUCUCAAUUGUUCACGAAAUGACUAAGGGCAAUGUAUCAGGAAAUUGGUUGGCAGAAGAUCUUAACAAAGGGAAGCUGGAUUACUUCUACUACCUGAUCGCUGCUUUGGAGAUUUUAAAUUUGGCCUAUUUUCUUGUUUGUUCUAGGUGGUAUAAGUACAGAGGAACUGAGAACAGCAAUGGUGAAGGGGCCAUGGAGAGAAGGCAAUCUGAAGAACCUAUAGUUUGACAGAAAUUCACCUGACAAAUUAAUGCAGAAGUCUUGUACAACAGCAAGAACUGAAGCAGCGAGAGUAUUCUUGGGAUCAAAAUGCAAUAGACUCUUCAAAGUCUCUCCUAACUAGUGCUAAAAAAUUUGGAUAUUUUUCUCACGCAUUUUUUGCCAAGUUGUUUACUUGUCAGGGCACAACUUGUUGGUGGAAGAUCCAAAAUUAAUGAGAAGCUAGAAGACUUGUAUUCAUUACCAAAA